UCGGUUUUAUAUUCAAUUAUGUUAUUCGAAAGCGUGCUCGUGACUGGUGGAUUAAAUAUUCUUACAUAUUUUCAGCAGCAAUGAGCGCUGGUGUUGGUGCGGCACUUAUUAUCAUUGCAUUUAUCCCAGUAUUUCCAGUGGAUUGGUGGGGAAAUGCUCAAAAUGAACUUGACGGCGAUGGGUGUAGAUAUUCAACUGCUGAUUAUUAUGGCAUCGCCGAUGAUGGAACGUUUCUAGAGGACAGUGACAAAUGA